AUGAAGUCUGCGUAUGUAAUCCCGUAUCCUGAAGGACCCAAUACACCUGACGAUGGCGUCAAACCCAGAUCUAUCCUAAGAAAAUCCACAUGUGAGCCGAAGAGUUUUCGAGUCGUUACCAGAGCAAGUACAAUUGAUAAAAAAGUGUCUUUUAAAGAUCCCGUCCAUGAGCUGUAUGUAGUAGAGCCCAUUAUAUAUAAAAUGCCAAGAAAAGAAGCGAGCUGCACAUGCACAAUGUUUUAA